UUUCGCGAUGGUUUACAAUCAACUGCGGUCCUUCAGGGCACUUUUAUUGUGUGUUUUCGGGUUCCUCGGUUUACUUUUCAUCUUCCGGUUACUCGAAUUGCCCCAGAAUUUCGGUGGCCCCCAGAGAAAGUUACCCCUUCCCCGACUCCUAGACCAAAAAGUUGUAGUGCAUUAUGGGGCCGUGCUAAAGCCAGACACCCCACAGGACCCGCACCCUAGCCCUGCAAAAUCGCUGGAGGAUCCGGACCUGGAGUCCCUGCUGCGGGGCAAUGAGGACGAGGGCUGGGCCCAGGGACCCAAGUGCGCCCCGUAUCCCCGCUUCGAUGACAUCGAGUUCCCGAACCCGUCCUUCCAACGAACGCGGCACGACAACCUGACCUACUACCUGUACGGGGCGUACUACGACCGGCGGCCCAGGAGGCCCGAGCUGAUGGUCCUGGUCAUGGUGAGCACCUGGCAGGGUCCCUACCCCGAGACCCAUCUGCAGGUGUGGUUCGAGGGAGACACGGUGCCCGAAACGCUGGAGCUCUACGAAACCAAGGUGGCCUGGUACUCGGACUGGGGCACUAAGCCGGGCCUGCUCUACCCCACCCUCCUGACCUUCCAGCUGAAAUCCCCGCGCAUCCCCCAGCUGGUGAGCCUGGUCCUGGGCCACCGCUGUGCAGUGCCAAGGAAUGCCCUGAAAGUGCAUCAACCCCCCAGGGAAAUGCCAACCAAUCCAUACGGUCUGGCCCUGAGAACCGGCGUGUGUGUCAAGUUCCUGCGCUAUCCGGAUGUGGAUAUGUCCGAGAGACUCGUGGAGUGGCUGGAGCUGAUGCGACUGCUGGGCGUGUCCCGGGUGACGGCCUACGAUAUUGGUGAACUGAUGGCGAACACCUCGAGGACCCUGGCCCACUACACAGCAGCUGGGGACGGGCUGCUGGAUCUCAGGCGCUUCCACUUGCCGCUGGAGAGCGAGGAGCACAAGGGAUUCCAGCACAUCAUCACCGAAGUGCUGCUCUACAACGACUGCCUGUACCGCAGUCUCUAUGACUUGGACUUUGUGGCCGUGAUGGAUGUGGACGAGGUGAUCAUGCCGCUGGGCGAGCUCCUCACUUGGUCGCACCUGCUGCGCCAACUGCAGCUGAGGGAUGUGAAUUGCACUGCCCGCAGCAGCUAUUGCUUUCGGAACGUGUACUUUCCCAGGGAACUGGGCGAGGACGAGAGCGUGCCUAGUGCCUUCUACAUGCUGCGGCAUGUGGUUCGCGUGGCGGAGCACUUGGACCCCGACAUGGCCAUCAAGUGCCUGCACAGCACGGGGCAUGCCAGUGUGAUGCACAACCACUUCGCGCUGCAGUGGCGCGACGCCUGUGGCCCCCAGGAUGUGGGCACCGAUCUUGGCCAGCUGCAGCACUAUCGGCAUGUGGACAAUUUGAGCACGCUGAAGGAGCCGGCGCCCGUCCGGGAUGACAGUAUCCGACGAUUCCAGCAGCAGCUCGUCCGCAAUGCGGUGGCCGUCCACCGACAGCUGGGCUGGGGAGCGGCAUAUUGA